CUUUGCCGAUUACCAGCUGCUUAGGACCGCCAUUUUGAGUCACGUUUUAUCAUUUAUGGCAAGUUUGAAAUCUUUUGAAAUUGUUUCAUGUUAAGUUGUAUUUACCAAGAUGAUUAAUGAAGAUAAUCCCACCCGUCGUGAACGCGAAUGGUUGAAAAAUUCUUCUCCAAAAUCUUAUGUUCGAUGUGUUGCAUGCAAUGCUAAUUCUUGGUAUUUUCCUGAGAGGAAAUUCUUCCGAUUUCCUAAAGAUCCUGAAAGAUCAAAAGAAUGGGCUAUUGCAUGUGGUAAAAGAUUCUUGUUAGAUAUGUCGCCAAGUGACCUUUAUAAAAAAUGUCGUGUAUGCUCUGCCCAUUUUGUUGAUUCUGACUUCUGCACUCUGAAAAAACACUUUUUACAUUUACGUGCUAAACCUAGAAAAUUUAGCAAAACAGAAAAUUGUGGAAAGACAUAUCUAAACAAUUUUGAAUGUUCAAGGUUACAGCUGAACUCUCCAGAUUCAUCUUCCAGUAUCGAUAGAGAGGUUCUUAUUGAAAGAGUUAAAAGCUAUCCCGUUCUUUAUAAUCCUCUUCACAAAGAUUAUGCAGAUGUAGAGAUGAAAGAAAAUAUAUGGAGUAAAAUUGCUCAGCAAUUAAAGUGUGCAAGUGGGUACAAAGUAGAAGAACAGUGGCUCAGGUUGAGAAAGGGAUACAAAUCAGCCUUACGGCAACAGAAAAUGAAAGGAAAUGGAAGAUGUGAAACAAAGAAAUGCUGGGCUUACGAGAAACAAAUGGGAUUUUUGCUGCCUUUCCUGACAGACAGAUCUGUUUCACCUUCGGUCCAGAAAACUGCAGAUGGAAAAAUGUCUCAUCCGUUUCAAGAAGAAUGCAAUGCUCAAGACGAAGAUAGCAGUUCAUCAAGUAUUAUCACCUGUGAUGAUGCAUUUAAUAAUCAUUACUUAUCAGAGCGUUCGAUAUCAAAGACUUAUCCUGUGACGGAAAGACCUUUAAACGAGAGCAGCAUGAUAUCUGACGACAGAGAAUCAGCGGGGACUCCAGAUCAACGAACUGCCAAUGAAGAAAGUUCUGGUUCAUUUAAGAGCAUGAUCUCCAAGACCAAGAUGGCAGUUCUUCAUUUAGAAGGAUCCUUCCUGAUCACACAUUUCAUAAUUAUCACUUAUCAGAACUUUUAAGACCAGAGCAAAUAAAAUCAGAGCCCUCUUCUGAGACGGAAAUACUUUUAGACAAAAGCAGCAGGAUAUCUGAAGGUAUGGAAUGUGGAUCAAGGAGGACCUCAAUUCAAGAAACUACAGAUGAAGAAAAUUCUGGUCUGUUUCAAAAAGAGCAUGAUCUCCAAGACCAAGAAGGCAGUUCUUCAUCUAGAAGCAUCAUUCCUCAUCACACGUUUCAUAAUUAUCACUUAUCAGAACUUUUAAGACCAGAGCAAAUAAAAUUAGAGCCCUCUUCAGAGACGGAAAUACUUUUAGGCAAAAGCAGCAGGAUAUCUGAAGGUAUGGAAUGUGGAUCAAGGAGAACCUCAAUUCAAGAAACUACAGAUGAAGAAAAUUCUGGUCUGUUUCAAAAAGAACGGGGUCUCCAAGACCAAGAAGGCAGUUCUUCAUCUAGAAGGAUCAUUCCUCAUCAUACAUUUCAUAAUUAUCACUUAUCAGAACUUUUAAGACCAGAGCAAAUAAAAUCAGAGCCCUCUUCGGAGACAGAAAUACUUUUAGACAAAAGUAGCUUGAUAUAUGAAGAUAUGGCCAGUGGAUCGAAGGGGACUUCAAUUCAAGAAACUGCAGAUGAACAAAGUUCUGGUCUACUACAACAAAAGGCUAAUCUUCAAGAUCAGGCAGACAGUUCUUCAUUAAAGGGAAUCUUUUCUACUGAAACGUUUCAUAACUACUUUACGUCGAAACCUUUAAAACUAAUGCAAAUAAAAGCUCCUUCGACGAACAGAUCUAUAAUUCAAUCCAGCAUAUCUAAUGAUAGACAUUUUGGAUCAAGACAAAUUCCAGAUCAAGGAAUAACAGAUGAAGAAAGUUCUGGUCCGUUCCAACAAAAGGCUAGUCUCCAAGGCCAAGAAGAAAGUUCUUCUUUAAAAAAAAUUGUUCUUGUUGACACAUUUCAUAAUUACUUUUCAUCGAAACCUUCGAGAGCAAAAAAGCAAACAAAAUCUUCCCGUUUGACGAAAAGAUCUUUAGGCGUAUCCAACCUAGUAUCUAACGACAGGGACUUCAGACCAAAGAGCACAAUGGACAGUAUAUAUAACAAUGAGAUUGAAAAAACUGAUGCUUUGUAUCAAUUUUUUAUGUCAAUGUAUUAUACUACUAAAACACUACCAAGAUCAUUACAAAUGAAAGUACAGAAAACUAUAUUUGAUGUUGUCUUAGAAGAAGAAGAAUCUGUAGGUAAUAUUUAAAAAAUGCAUGACUUUUGUAUGAGGAACCUAGCAUUGUAAGACGUUUUCUAAUUUCAUAUUAAUUAAGAAGUAAAUAUACCAAAACAUACUGUUUUUUUAUGUAAAUUACAGUAGUGCAAUGCAAAAUAAAAAUAUAAAAUUCAUAAA